AUGAUAGCUCAAAAAGGCCUAUUUUUAAUAUUACUUGCUACAAUUUUAAUCAUAAUAUCUAUAUGUGCUUUGUCGUUGCCAAGAUAUGUAGAGAUAUAUGCAAUUAACCAUGAAGAAACUUUACCUGAUUUUGACAGCUCUAAUAAAUCAACCAUUAAUCCUGAAGUUCCGAUAUCAAAUGUAAAUAAAGAGCCUGAGCUCACGAACGAAAACUCGAGAAUGGAGAUUGUCGUCGGUGCAAAUGGAAAACCUAAGAAAUAUUUAAAUGCUCAUUAUUAUGCUGAAUAUUUAAAAAUACUGCGUGAACAACAUAAUCUAAUGUUUCAUGAUAUUAUUCAUAAAGCUGAUUUAGCUGUUGCCAACACCAACGUCUAUUCUGUUACAUUGAAACCUCAACUCGCCCCAUCUAAUGAUCCACACGAUUAUAU